AUGUAUUUUUUAUAUCUAUCACAGACAUAUGUAUUUUAUAUCUAUCUAUCUAUCUAUCUAUCUAUCUAUCUAUCUAUCUAUCUAUCUAUCAGAGUCUAUUCAUAUCUCACUCUAUUGAUAUCUAUCUCUCUAACUAUCUAUCUGAUCUAUUCGUAUCUAUCUAUCUAUCUAUCUAUCUAUCUAUCUAUCUAUCUAUCUGAGUCUAUUCGUAUCUAUCUAUCUAUCUAUCUAUCUAUCUAUCUAUCUGAAUCUAUCUAUCUGAUCUAUCUAUCUAUCUAUCUAUCUAUCUAUCUAUCUAUCUAUCUAUCUAUCUAUCUGAGUCUAUUCAUAUCUCACUCUAUUCAUAUCUAUCUAUCUAUCUAUCUAUCUAUCUAUCUAUUUGUUGACGACUUGAAAAGUUCUACUUUCUUCUCACUCCAGUUGGUCGUGUUUAAAGCUGUGACAAUUUUGAAUGCCGAUUUUUAA